AUGGAGCUACCGGUUGUUCGACGAUCAUUACGCUUACGUAGACCGCAAAGCAAGCGUCCCCGUACAUCAUCAGUCGUUGAACCGGUCUCCCCUCGACGUUCUGAUGAAGCGACCUCAGAUUCCGACUUCGCCCCAUCCUCGCCUGGUUCUUCACUAGCGGGUGAUGAAGAGGACGAAUUAUUUUCUUUGCAACAUGAGCGAAAACGCCCCGUUCGGAUCCGGAAAGCUAUCGACCCUGUUUCGAGCCACAGUGCUCCAACGCCUCGCAGCCCAGGUCGUUGUUCACUAGCACCACCUGAAGUGUUGACGUUAAGAACUGCACUAUUGGACUGGUACGCUGAUCACUUUCGUACGCUACCUUGGCGAUCGUCUCCCAUCUAUCAGAAAGGGGGUCUUCUACCAUUAACUCACUCCGUUCCACACAGUCCUUCGUCGCCGGGAGCGCCGUAUGCCGUGUGGGUGUCCGAAGUCAUGUCUCAGCAGACUCGUCUAUCAGUCGUGGAGGGCUACUUCACGCGAUGGAUGGCCGCGUUUCCAGACAUCCAGGCCCUUGCCGACGCUCCACGGGAGAAGGUCAACCAGCUUUGGGCGGGAUUGGGCUACUAUCGUCGAGCGCGCUUUUUACACGAGGGAGCGGCUCAAAUUCUUAGUGAGUACAAUGGGAGGUUGCCUGAAGACGUCCCUACCCUUCUGAAGAUCAAGGGAAUUGGAAGAUAUACUGCAGGAGCUAUUAGCUCCAUCGCGUUUGGAAAGAACGUCCCGCUUGUUGAUGGCAAUGUCGAACGCGUUCUUGCGAGGCUCUGCCCAGGGCUUACCUCCCCUCGCGAGGAUGGGGAGCAACGACCCCCACUACCAGCCGCAUACUGGGACCUGGCGGAGAUACUCGUCAGGGAUGUCCAAUGUCCUGGUGAUUUCAACCAAGCGCUCAUGGAAUUUGGGGCUACUCUAUGCAAACCGAAGGCCGUGUUAUGUGAGGCUUGUCCCGUCCAAGACAUGUGCGGUGCCUAUCAGGAAGCGGUCGAGCUGGGUGUGGAAAACCCAGCUGAAUAUGUCACAAAAUACCCCAUCAAGGACCCGAAGAAAGCGACAAAAGUGAGAAACGAAACUGUAUUUGUCCUCGUCGCCUGCGUUCGGACCACAAGUGGCUAUAAAUACCUCGUCCUUCAAAGGCCUGGCGAUGGUCUACUAGCGGGGUUGUGGGAAGCACCGAACGUUGUCUUGCAAUCGAAGACAGAAGCGGGAAAGGCCAAGACUUACAAGACCCUUCAAAGCCUCCUUAGCGAAACCAUUGGUCAUGCUGAUGAGGCAAGACGAGAGACGGCAUAUACGAAAAUGGGAGAAAUCUUGCAAGUCGAUGUUGGCAAGGUCACUCACGUUUUCUCUCAUAUUCGGCAAACGCUGAACGUUCGUCUGACAGUUUUGCAGCAUCCCGAUGGCGAUGGCACGUUGAAGGACGGCAAGACGUCAACAGGUGUCCCUUUUCGAUGGAUUUCUGAGGAGGAGCUCAAGACGGGUGCCGUUCCCACUCAAAUGAAAAAGGUUUUUGCAGCUGCUGAAAAAAAGCUUCCACGCGCUCACAAGCUUCGGUAA